AUUGAUGCAAUCAUGAGAAUUGUGUCUUGUGUUGACACAGCAACAACAUAUAUAAAAAAUAAAACCACCAACAAAAUAUUACUGAUAUUCUAUUAUUCUCCUAGGAGAGUACAACAGAUACGAAAACGACGUGAAAUAAAUAAUAAAAAAAAAACAAAAAUAAUAGUGGUAAAAAUGUUGCUCGAGGGAACUUAGCCCAAGUCGGACACGAGAUAGAACAAGUCCUCAUUGAUUUCAACUCCACCAAGUGUCGCCCCCUUGUUUCCGCCGGCCUCCGCCCCCCCUCCCAUAUAAAUCAACCACUCCUCCAUAAUGGAAGCUGAAUUAAAAUGGAUAGGCUGAUAAGCUUAGAGCCGUCGAAUGUGGUGACGGUGAGGAUGGAGGCGGGCCACAAAUCCUCCGGCUCCAUCACCCUCCGCAACGUCAUGUACACCAUGCCCGUGGCCUUCCGCCUCCACCCCACCAACAAGGCCCGCUACACCGUGGCGCCGCAGUCGGGGAUCAUCCUCCCCCUCACCACCCUCACCCUCGAGAUCACCUACCACCCGCCCCCCGCCCUCCCCCACCGCUACCCCCACUGCGACGACACCUUCGUGCUGCAGAGCGUCGUGGCCCCCGGGGCCGCCGUCAAGAACCUCUCCUCCACCUACGACGCCGUUCCAUCCGACUGGUUUACCAACAAGAAGAAGCAGGUGUAUUCCGACAGCGGCAUCAGGAUCAUGUUCGUGGGCUCCGCCGUUCUCACCCACCUCGUCGCCAAGGGCUUCAUGGAUGACAUCCGAGAGGUGCUUGAGAAGAGCGACCCCCUCUGGCGCCCCGCUGAUUCCCUCGACUCCGACGGCCAGCCGCUGCUGCACCUCGCCAUUGCGCAGUCCCGCGCCGAUCUGGUGCAGCUGCUGCUCGAGUUCAACCCCGACGUCGAGGCGCCAGGCCGGGAGGGCUCCACCCCGCUCGAGGCGGCCGCCGCUGCGGGGGAGGCGCUCAUCGUGGAGCUUCUGCUGGCGCAUAAGGCCAAUCCGGAGCGAUCGGAGGCCUCAAACUGGGGGCCGAUCCAUCUGGCCGCGGCCAACGGCCACGCCGACGUCGUGCGGCAUCUCCUCCUCAAGGGGGCCGACGCCAACGCGCUCACCAAGGACGGCCGCGCGGCGCUCCAUUUGGCGGCGGAGGAGCGGAGGAGAGACUGCGUCCGCCUCCUGCUGGCGAGCGCCGCGCGGCCCGACGUGCGUAGCGCGCGGGACGGGGAGACGCCGCUGCACGUGGCGGCGGGGCUCGGCGACGAGCAGAUGGUGAAGCUGCUGCUCCACAAGGGGGCCAACAAGGAUGUCCGGAGCAGGGCCGGCAAGACGGCGUACGAUCUGGCGGCGGAGAGCGGCCACGCCAGGCUCUACGACGCGCUCCGCCUCGGCGACAGCCUGUGCGCGGCGGCCAGGAAGGGCGACCUCAGGAUGGUCGUGCGGCUGAUCGAGAGCGGCGCCGCCGUCAACGGGCGCGACCAGAACGGGUGGACGGCGCUCCACCGCGCGGCAUUCAAGGGGCGCGUGGAUGUGGCGAGGGCGGUGAUCGAGAAGGGAAUCGACGCCAACGCCAAGGACGAGGAAGGGUACACGGCCCUCCACUGCGCGGUGGAGUCGGGCCACGUGGACGUGAUCGAGAUGCUGGUGAAGAAGGGGGCCGACGUGGAGGCCAGGACCAACAAAGGCGUCACGGCGCUGCAGAUUGCGCAGUCGCUCAACUACUCCGGGAUCAUAAGGUUGCUAGCGCGUGGCCCGCCGCCGCCGCCGCCGCAUGUCGAUGUCGUGGACGCGUUUGCUAAGGUUAGAGAUAUGGACAAGAAGAAGGCGGGUACUUACGGCGGGAGAGUGCGGCGGAGUAGCUUCGAUCGGGCUGCGGCGGUGGCGGUGGUGUAGGAGAAUAUUGAAUUCUUUUUGCUUCAUAUAUUGAUGAUUAAAAGAGAAAGAGAAAGAGAGAUUGUUGAGAGUUGCAAGUCUUGAUUGUAAAAUUGUAUUGAGUGGUAGAAUAUUGUAAAGUUUGAAUAUGUGGGUAGACUUGUGAUUCUAGGCGUAUCGUAUAAGGUAUAAUUACUUCUUCUUUGCAAUUGGGGCAAUAAUACAUGAGAAAAAUGAAGAUAAUUAG